CUCUAUGGACGAUGGGGCUGGCCUCUGGCUCCCGGAGACCUCUCCAGAAGGACCAGUCGCAGCUGUGGAGCUCUGUGGUGCUUGCUGGUGUUGCUGGGUGGAGCAGGGCCUCGGCAAGGUGAUGGACUUGCUGAGCAGAGUUCUGUCGGCAGAAUUCUUUGAAAUGCUGGAAAAAAUGCAGGCACCAAAAUUAGAAGAACAAAGAAGCGGAAGCCAGAAAAAUAAGGAGGACUAUAUACCAUAUCCCAGCAUCGACGAGUUUUUAGAGAAAGGUGCUCCCUUCCCCUUAAUAAUCUUGCCUCAGUUUGGAGGCUACUGGAUUGAAGACCCAGAGAAUCUCGGCACCCCCACCUCGUCGGACAGCAGCAUCUGCGAUGAAGAGGAAGAGCACCCUAGCCCCAGGGCUUACGGGCAUAAGCUGGAAUGCAAAGGUGAAGCCAGGGCAUACAGGAAGCAUUUCUUUGGAAAGGAUCAUCUGAAUUUUUACUGCACAGGCAGCAGCUUGGGAAAUCUGAUCCUCUCUGUUAAAUGCGAAGAGGCAGAUGGGAUUGAAUACCUACGGAUUAUACUCAGGUCAAAAGCAAAGACGUUACAUGAAAGAAUCCCCUUAGCAGGGCUUAGCAAGCUACCGAGCAUCCCGCAGAUUGCAAAGGCCUUCUGUGAUGAUGCGACCGGACUGAGGUUUAGCCCCGUGCUGUACCCCAAGGCCUCUCAGAUGAUUGUUUCCUAUGAUGAACAUGAGGUCAACAACACAUUCAAAUUUGGUGUGAUUUACCAGAAGUUUCAGCAGACCCAGGAAGAAGAACUGUUUGGGAACAAUGAAGAGAGUCCUGCAUUCAAGAACUUUUUGAAUUUAUUGGGAGAUACCAUCACACUACAGGAUUUCAAAGGCUUCCGAGGAGGUCUGGAUGUCACGCACGGCCAGACAGGCACAGAGUCCGUGUACACAGUGUUUAGAGACAGAGAGAUCAUGUUUCAUGUCUCCACCAAGCUGCCAUUCACCGAGGGAGAUCCACAGCAGCUCCAGCGGAAGAGACACAUCGGCAACGAUAUUGUGGCUAUUAUAUUCCAAGAAGAAAACACUCCCUUUGUCCCAGACAUGAUUGCGUCCAAUUUUCUACAUGCCUAUAUUGUUGUCCAGGUGGAAAACUCUGAAACAGACAAUACGUCCUACAAAGUAGCAGUCACUGCCCGAGAAGACGUCCCUUCGUUCAGCCCAUCACUGCCAAACCCACCUGUGUUUCAAGAAGACUCUGAAUUCCGUGAGUUUCUUCUCACUAAGCUGAUCAAUGCAGAAAACGCUUGUUGCAAGUCAGACAAAUUCGCAAAGCUUGAGGACCGGACGCGAGCUGCCCUUCUGGACCACCUGCAUGAUGAGCUCCACAUUCACACGCAGCUGAUGCUUGGCCUGGGAUCUGAGGAGGACAAGCUGGAGAACGGAGGCCACGGAGGGUUCCUGGAAUCAUUUAAGAGAGCCAUCCGAGUCCGCAGCCAUUCCAUGGAAACAAUGGUUGGGAGUCAGAAGAAACACCACAGUGGCAGCAUCCCUGGAAGCCUGAGUGGGGGAAUUGCACACAACAGUGCUGAAACCACCAAGGCCACCUUCUCUCCUCCUGUGACGGCUGCAACAGCCAAGAAUCAGUCCCGGAGCCCCAUCAAGAGACGGUCGGGGCUCUUCCCCCGCUUGCACACGGGGUCGGAGAGCCAGGCAGAACCCCGGAGUCGAAGUGACAGUGGCUCAGGAACCCCCAAAACCCCAGAUGGUGGACUUCCCUUCCAAGAAAUGAAACCAGAAGCCUCCUCAAAUCCGAGCUCACCAGAAAUCUGUCCUAACAAAGAGAGGCCCUUCGCUAAGCUCAAGGAGAAUGGGCGGUCAAGCAUCUCUCGCUCUUCCUCCAGCACCAGCAGCUUCAGCAGCGCAGCCGGGGAGAGCGAAGCGACGGAGGAGUACAACAGCCUGGGCAGCCAGCCUUCCACAGCAUCACCGUUCAAGCAAGAAGCCUUUGUCUUCAGCCCCUCACAAAGCACCGAGAGUCCUGGUUUAGCUUCUGCAGCAACACCCAUGAUCAUGAACCGGAGUCCGACAGAUAUAAAGAGCAGGAAUUCUCCGAGGUCAAAUCUCAAGUUUCGUUUCGAUAAACUCAGCCACUCGGGUUCUGGCCCCAUGCACUAGCAGGACAGGGGGGGCUACGGACCUAUAAAAAGGCAUUUCUGUUCUGGUUUUGUUUUUGGCAAAUUUGUUUUUAAGGGAAAUUCUGUCCAAAUGAGGAUGCCAGUCCACUACCCUCAGUACAGCUGCCACGCCCGUCUUGUGCCACCUUCACCCAAACAGCUGUCUUCAUUCAACCAAGACGGAACUGUCAGCUUACUAAAAGCUCCUCGACCAGAUAAUGUGCUCCAGGAGGAGACGAGUGAAACAGGUUUUAAGGCCCAUUCUUCAUCCAGCCUGACUGGAAGGACGUUGCUUGGGGACGCGUUUUCGGUCAUGUUGCAGCCACGCUUGGGCCACCCCUCCUUUGUCCAUCCACGCAUGUGCUCUGUGUCCUGUGGCCGGCUGUCUCGAGGCAUCAGGCACUGUGCUUCUCGUGUUCCUGGUGUGGGUGAGGAAGGCUCUUGUGGUCACGAGCUGCUGUCAUGAGCCACUUUCUCUUCUGUCUGGUACUCGAUGGCCUAGAAUGCAAGUGCCCCCUUUUGUCAUGCUAAUGUAAAACUUGAGACAAUGCUACCACGUCAUGUGGCACCUGGUGCUGCUCUUGAGAACUAGUUUUGGUGAGUGCAGAAUCAUCCAGCAGUCCACCUCCAGCAUUCCAGCUUCUGCAGCAGGCUCCCUGCCGUUUUCCGUAUGCAUUUUAACACAUAGAGCUUUAAAGUUAUAAUCCCCACAUACCUUCCAUUCCCCCCUCUUCCCCUGUAUUCCAUUAUGGCAGGCUCAUAGCUAUGGUGGGGCCAACUUUUUAAAAGG